GUCAGUCCGAAAUCUCGCAUCAAAAAGACAGUUUGUCUCUGCAACCACUUGACCUCUUUUUCCGGCGGUUUCGUCGUCCAGCCUAACACUCUCGAUUGGAGUUUCAUCUUUGCCAAUGCCGAUAUCGCAAAAAAUCCGACGUUGUAUUCGACCGUGAUAAUUAUUGGGCUGCUGUAUCUGCUUGCUCUUAUCUGGGCUAGGUGGAAAGAUAAGAAGGACUUUGAGAAGCUCGGAGUUACGCCUCUGCCAGACAACGACCCAAACGAUAAAUACCUGUACGAAAUCAUCGUCUCGACCGGAUUGCGUAAAAAUGCCGGAACCAAAUCAAAAGUACACGUGAUUUUUAGCGGAGAUUUCGAGGAGACUGAUCCGAGGACCUUGGAGGAUGAUAAAAGGGCCGUGCUAAUGAGAGGGGGUGUUGAUUCUUUUCUUAUGGCGGUUCCUCGCCCACUAGGGGCCCUGAACUACCUCCGGGUGUGGCAUGACAACAGUGGCAAGGGUAAAUAUGCCUCGUGGUACGUCAAUUGGAUUCUCGUCAGGGACAUUCAGACGCUGGAAAAGUUCCACUUCAUCGUGAACCAGUGGUUUGCUGUUGAG